AUGGUGCUUGCAUUAAUCGAGAUCGUUGACAACAUUAAAUGUGUCGCGAAAGGUGUUUCUCCGCUCGGGAAAAAGUGCACGGAUCCGGUUUAUCGUAAUCUUGAUCAUGUUUUCGAUAAUCCGACCGAGAUUGACGGUAAUUGUUGCGGGUGGGAGUAUAAGUUAAAGAAAAUGGAGAAACGGGUUAAGAAAAUGAAGAGAUUCGAUGCGGUUAUGUUACAGUUAUGCGAAGAACUCGAAGUGUUAUCCGAGCUCGAGAAUGGUUUAAAACGAUUGCAAGAUAACAACUCAAAUCAAAUGAAGUUAAACGAAUUUGAGAAGAAAGUCGUGAGGCAACGCGAAGAAGUCAACGGUUUGCGAGAAAUGUCUGCAUGGGUUCGUACGUAUGACUACACUGUCAGGUUACUGUUAAGAUCGCUUUUCACAAUAGUCGAACGGGUGAAGGUUGUUUUCGGAAUUUCAACCAAGUUCGUUAUCCCGGGAGUAAACGAUUUCCACGAUGGACGACGUUUGAUUCGCAGUACUUCCAUUUCUGCCCUUUCGAGUUAUCCGGCAAAAAACUCGAUUCAUAGAUCAUUAUCGAAUCUCAGAUACAAACAAAGAAAGAGUCUUCAUAUGCACCAUCGUUCAAGUGUCUUUUGUGGGACCCAAACGCCAGUGACGACAAAAAGUUUGACUCAAAUUGGACUUUCGAAAAAAUGCAUGACGCCUGAUCUUGACUCACCAAAAGUCAACGUUACAAUUGAAAACGCUGUUAACAUCGUAUUAAUUCCCCAUAAAGGAUUAUCAAAGGGGCAAAACGGUCGAAAACCGACACUUGGUGAUGCGGCUUUAGCUCUUCAUUACGCAAACGUAAUCAUAUUUAACGAGCGAUUAGCUAUAUCGCCUCACUUCAUCAGCCCCGAGUCACGUGAAGAUUUAUAUCACAUGUUAAACCACACGUAUCAAGAACUCACUUAG